ACUUCGUUUUGACUUAAACGGGCACUAAGUUACAAUUUACGCACUAUUAAAUAUUUUUGAGUUGCACCAUUCAACUUAGUUGAAGCGUAACGUUACGUAUAAACUAAAUAUUUACGGAAGCCUCCCGUCAGGAGUAACUGUAGGAAUAAAAUAGCAAAAUCACUGAACUAGCGCGCCUCCGUGUGCGCAUCCAUCUGCCUGUGUUGUGGAAUGUCAAAAUGAAAUCAUUUUAUAUUUCAUUGGCGGUUGGCAGUAAACUGAAGUCACGUAUAACAUGUCAUUUAUAAUGAUUUUAUUAUGCUGUAUUGUUUUAAAUAAAAAAAUAUAAAUCUUGUUUAAUUUGAAAUAUUUAAUACCUAUUAUGUUAUUCAUAAUUAGGUAGUAUUGUAUUUAAUAAAAACGUAUUUUUAUGUUAUGUAAAAUAAGUUUAAAUCAAAAAUGUUUUGAUAUUCAGAACAUUUCAACACAACUUUUCCUCACGAAUUCAAAGGCUGCUAUUGGACUGUUGAAUGUAAACGUCAUAUUAUGCGACUACGCAUUACUUUACGGAGAGUUUACGAACUACUUUGCCUUAAGACCAAAUGGUGCAACCGAAUAACGUACAGAUUUAGUUACAAACUAGCUAGUAGUUACAAAGCCUCUAGUGUGGACUUUACCUUCUCAUUUAAGAAAGAACUUACGAAUGGCUGGUGCAACCCUAACCUGUUCACUUCUUUAAAAAUGAUCUGUAUCAGUGUUAUAGAAACUACAAUACUGGCUGAAGAUGAUGCGUUAUUGGGGUGAGCUUCCUGUAGCUUCAGCGCCUUCAGGUCGCAGUUCUUUUGACCUUCUGCAGCGUGAGUUUCGUCAGGUGGAGAUGCAAGAUCCUCCACUUCAUCAGCCAUCUGCACAGCGUCCACGUCCCACCACCAUGCUAGAUAUCCCCUCUGAGCCCUGCAGCCUUACCAUUCAUACUGUGCAGCUGAGCCAACAUGCUCGUCGCCUCAGGGGACUUAUUGUUGCAGCUCAGCAGGGCCAGCAACCCCUGUCUACUUCAUCAGAACCCCAGGGUGUCUUCAAAUCAGAAGACGGGGACCCUCUGCCUCCCCGGCCUGCAACACCAACUGUACCAGAUGAUAUUUUGCCUUUGGACAGUAAAGCCCCCCGGCAACCAUUUCAGUUACGACACAGUGACCCAGAGACUGACUUCUACAAAGGUAAAGGUGAGCCAGUGACAGAGUUGAGCUGGCCAUCUUGUCGUCAGCUUCUAUACCAGUCAAUUGCAACAGUGCUCGCUCAUGCUGGGUUUGAGUCAGCAAAUGAGAGUGUGCUGGAGACUUUGACUGACCUGGUCCAUGAGCACUACCUGCGACUCACCAAGCUGCUGCGUGUAGCUGUGGACAGGGAGGCCUGCCAGGGCUCUACUCAUUUCCCUGAUGUGGUUGAACAAGUCUUCCAUGAGAUGGGCAUUGGUAGUAGUGUCUUGGCACUUCAGCGCUUCUGGCAGGUUCGCAUCAAAGAUUACCAUAGCUACAUGCUGCAGGUCUGUAAGGAGCUCUCAGAAGAGUAUGAGAUGCUGGUAAAUCCUGAAAGAGCUGUGGAGGAAUCCAAACCACUGAAGGUUAAAGAGGAGCCAGUUAGUAACAUUGCAUUUCCUCUGAGUGAGGAACCAGAAGCGGAUCUGGCGUCUGGUGACCAGGCUCUGCCCAUCAGUGUCCUAGGUACUUCCAGCGAAAGACUGACUGGAGGGCUGGAGGAAGGCCAGUCACCUCAUACAUCAGGCACAGCAGGUAACAGCUCUCCCUUAUGGCAUCUAGCCCAGGUGAAGAUGGAACCCCAUGACAGUGAGGAGGGCCAGGUAUCGGGUCAUGGGGUACUAGGAGGUGAUGUCUUCGAAGAAGGACCCAUGUCCACCAUGAGUGAGGCUGGCAUCCCUCCAUCUCCUGGUGGUUCAGAAGGCAGUUGUGUGUCCCAUUCACCAGACUCACUUAUGGGCACAUCACCUUUUGCUCAGCGCCCUAAGAAACGAAUGAGAAAAGUAUAAUACAGUUUCGUCUUCUAAACAAAGAUACUGAAAGCACUUCCACAAUGAUUUUGAUGAACAGUACUGUUGGGACUAGACAAACCUAUCUUUGAGUAGUAUACGUAUGUUAGUGGAAUUGAAGGAAAGAGACAAAUAAUGUGUUUGAAUUGCUCCCCUCAGCAAAUAGCAGCUGGUCACUGUUUUACCCCAUUGAGAGGGACAAUUACUUGUUUGCCAUAGUAAAAUUAGCAUUUGUUUAUUGUAACGAAACAAAGCAGGGAGCACAACACAGGGAGUAAUUAUAGCCUGAUGUUUGCUUCAAAACACACAGGGACAUCAAUCAAAGGAUAAUGGCAAAUUAAUUACAGCAUGCAUAAAUCUGUAUGGUAAAUAAGCAGGCCAUUUCAUUACAUGCUCACAUUGCCAGGCGUCACAGAGAAGGUUUAUCUCCUAGCCACCUGUGCCAAAAAACGGUUUUGCUAAAUACACUGGUUUAGAGACAAUUUAUCUUCUCACCCUCACCAGGUAUCAAAGCAUUCUGGCUAUUAAACAGAAGGAAGAGAGACUACAUAUCUCAGUGGGCUUUGAUUAUCUGCUGCACGGGCAGUCAUUUUCCAACUAACAAAAAAUCCUUCAGAGAAACUUAACUUCACAUAACAUCCUUUCAGUUAAUGCUUAGAAUCAUAGGGUGAAAGUCUUCAAGGUUGCAGUUGGCCUCAAAAGAAAAAAGUAAUUGCAGUAAGGGGUGCUACGGUUUUGCAUAAUGGGUUUGCGAUGUCACAAUGCAUAAAACAAUAAAAAAAUCGUAAUGGUUCUGAAAAUAAUUUGUAUUUUCUCUGGGCAAAUGCUAUUUUAAAUGUCCGCAGCUUGUUUUGUAAUAAAUAAAACCCUAUUUGUGCAUGUGUUUGUGUAAAGUAUUUCUAUUCUGUUCUACUGUUCUGCUUCUGUAUGCACUUCUUCUGUAUGCUCUUCUGAUCUGCUUCAUAAACUAGGCUUUAGCAAACUAAAAAGUUUUACAUUUCUUGU